UCCAUUGCAUUACACUUUCUCUCUCUCUAUCUCUCUCACUUAUCUUCGAUCACCUUUAUUCGUCUUUUAUUAACCAUGGAUAUCAAAGACGAAGAAUCUGCUCCCUCUUCCAAGAAAGCCUCCAAGAAACCUAUAUAUACACAAUUUUCACAGCAAGACCUUCCUGCAUGGAAACCAAUUCUAACACCUGGAUGGGUCAUUGCCACAUUUUCUGUCGUCGGAAUCCUCUACAUCCCUAUUGGUCUUCUAACAUUGUUUGCAUCAGAGAGUGUGGAGGAAGCUAUAUUCCGAUAUGAUGAUAGAUGCCUUCCUCCCUCAUAUGCUCACAAUGCAAAUUCAUAUAUUCAAAGCGAUGACACCAACAAGACCUGCACCAUCAAAUGGACUGUUGAGCAUGAAAUGGAAGCUCCUAUUUAUAUCUAUUAUCAGCUUGACAACUACUACCAGAACCAUCGCAGAUAUGUUAAGAGUAGAAACGACAUGCAACUGCGGAAUAAGGCAGCUGAAGGAGAUUUAGGCAAUUGUUUUCCCGAAGACAAGACCACAGAUACUAAUCAGCCAAUUGUUCCCUGUGGCCUCAUUGCAUGGAGUCUCUUCAAUGACACAUACAGAUUUUUAACCAGCAACAAAGACUUGACAGUCAACAAAAAGAACAUUGCAUGGGGGAGUGACCAAAGGUCCAAAUUUGGCUCUAAUGUUUAUCCCAAAAAUUUUCAGAGCAGAGAUUUGAUUGGCGGUGCAAAACUCAAUGAGAGUAUACCCUUGAGUCAGCAAGAGGAUCUUAUCGUUUGGAUGCGAUCGGCAGCACUACCCACAUUCAGAAAACUGUAUGGGAAGAUAGAGACUGACCUUGAAAUGAAUGAUGAGAUAGAAAUAGUAAUAGAAAAUAAUUAUAACACAUACUUGUUUGGAGGCAGAAAGAGGCUGGUUUUUUCAACCACAACUUUGAUUGGAGGAAAAAAUCCCUUCGUAGGGACGGCAUACCUUAUCGUUGGAGGCCUAUCCUUGUUCUGUGCUAUAACUUUCAUACUUCUGUAUGUCAUCAAGCCAAGACCUCUUGGGGAUCCGUCUUACUUGUCUUGGAACAGAAAUCCGGGUGGAAUCAAAUGACAAGUAUGAUUCCCGCCUUUUGAAUUUGACAAUUCUCUAUCUUCCACUUCUUCGUGUGGCAAGGCUUGUUUUGUUGCUCUUGACUACCGGAACAACUUGAAACUCGAGUAUAGAUAAACGUUUCUCUUUCUUUUUAUAAUUUGGUUCUGUUCCUCUUCCUCUUGUUGAAAACCAGAGUUACAGAUAAACAAGAUUUGGGUAAUAAGCACGGCUCCUGAAACAAGUUUUUUCUUCACAAA